UAUAAGUUUUUAAAUUAUUUCUUUGCUUGUUUCUUUGAAUCAUAGCUGCACUGGUUUUAGCUUUUUCCGCCAAAUCGCGCAAAGACAUUGAUUUGUUUGGGUUUAUUAAGGCCAACACCUUUGCUUCAAGAUUUGGAUCACUAGGGCCCACCUUUUUUAUAUAUCUUUAAGAGAACAGGUUUCAUUGAACUUAAUUAUAAUAUUUUUUACACCAUUUACAAUGACUUUAAACAGUUUUGCUAGCUUUCUGUAUGAAAUAUUUUUUUUCAGUGCAGUAAUUGUGCACAAUUUGCCUAGGCACGUGCUCUGUGAUUCGAGCCAUCACGAUGAUAUUACAAAUUACGGAGAAAGAAAAAACAAUAGAAACAGGACCGAUCGCGCUUUCGAACGGGAUCAAACGGCUACUUCAUGAGAAAAAUUGAAUUGAGAGCAUGCAGUUUCUUUUCGGUACAGUCCUUACUUAGAUGUGCACUUCUUUAAAUAGACGCUGCUGAUUAAAAAGUUUUGAAAAUGCAAGUACAUAUGUGCGAUCACAGAUGUUCAUGUAAAACAAUAAAAUGUUUUUAUCAUGUGGAAAAUAACAAGCCAAGCAACUACAUAACAAUUUAGUUAAUGGCUUCGACAAUGAUCUCACCGAAAACACUUGGCAACGAUUUUAGUUCAAUUUGAACUGCAUAACAAAAAUGUCAGAGCAGAGAGGGAACAUAGCACAGAUAGAACAAAAAAAAUGUCUACGUUUUUACCGUCGUCUCGCCUUUGUGACUAUAGAAAUUGCAUUAAUAGCGGCAUUUUUGAGUUAUAGACACAAUAUCACUAGUUUGGAGCAAGUAAGUUGGUUACACGAAGAAAAGGUAUUCGCAGAAAAUGCCACGCAAAAUAAUACCAACUUAGCGGAGCUGUUAUAUAAAGAAGUACGUAUACUUUGCUGGAUUAUGACCACGCCGAAGAAUCACAGAACCAGGGCAAUACAUAUAAAGCGUACAUGGGGAAAACAUUGCAACCGGCUUUUGUUCGUCACCUCGGAAGAUGACGAAGAGUUGGGCGAGACUGUAGUUAUUAACGAAGUGGAAGAUAAAUACGAGGUCUUAUGGCCCAAAAUGAGAAUAGCAUUCGAGCGAAUUUACGAAAAGUAUGCUAAUGAGACAGAUUGGUUCUUCAAGGCUGAUGAUGAUGCUUACGCCUACAUUGAAAACAUGCGCUAUUUUCUAUAUGCAUAUAGUCCGGAUAUGCCGAUUUACUUUGGAUAUAACUUAUUAUAUGGCGGACGAAAAGAUGAGGUCUAUAUGUCUGGUGGUAGUGGCUUUGUUUCAAGUCGGGAAGCAGUGCGACUUUUCGUCGAAUCGGCCAUUGUUAAUAAAAGUGGUUGUGAUAUUAAUAAUCACUAUAAUCCUGAUGAUGUGGCUAUAGGUGAAUGCUUUCGUGCUGUGGAUGUGAUCGCUGGUGAUUCGCGCGAUGUGCAUGGCGAAGCACGUUUUUAUUUAUUCGCGCCCUUUAUGGUACUUAUGCCUGAGUUGAUAAAUGAACCAAAUUGGUAUUUCAAUUAUAGCUUCUAUAAUCCACGUUCGUGCAGAGAUUGUCUUGCAAAAUAUCCAAUGGCCUUUCAUUAUAUUUCUCCAGCAGACAUGUAUCUUUCUGAAUUUUUUAGCUACGAAUUUUGGACGAUAGACUUGCCGAAUGAACCGGAGGAGGUUUUACCUAAGAAACUAAAUUGGGACGAAGUAGUCGUGUUGGAAACUGAUAAUAUUUGGAAUACUCCAUAAUAUAUGAGUAAAGGGCGCUUAAGGUGCAAAUUGAAAUAAAUAUAAUAAUAGUAAGAA